AUGGUGAAUUGUUGGCAGUGCAACGAAGUAGCUUCCGUAAAAAGGUCAAGGAAUGGUGCAGCAGAAUGUGUUACUUGUUUCACGGACGCAUUUGAGACGGAAGUCUACAAUGUAAUCACAACGCAUAACUUAUUCAAAAAAGGUCAAAAAGUUGCUGUCGGAGCUUCAGGUGGUAAGGACUCAACAGUUUUAAUCCAUGUGUUGAAUAAACUGAAUCAGAAGUACAAGUAUGGACUGGACAUUAUCUUGCUUUCAGUCGAUGAAGGGAUCGCGGGUUAUCGCGACGAAUCAUUAGAAUCCGUUCAAAGGAACAAAAGUGAUUAUGGAUUACCGCUUGUUAUAAUAUCUUACAGAGAGCUGUAUGGUUGGACAAUGGAUGAAGUAGUCUCGGCUGUUGGCAUCAAGAAUAACUGUACCUUUUGUGGUGUCUUUCGGAGACGUGCUUUGGAUAGAACUGCUGCAGUGCAUGGUGCAGACGUUAUUGCUACAGGCCAUAAUGCAGAUGACAUGGCAGAAACAGUGUUAUUAAACAUUUUGCGAGGUGAUAUUGCUCGAUUGCAGCGAUGCACCGAUAUUAUAACAGCAUGGGAAGAAGGUUUACCUCGAGUAAAACCUUUGAAAUAUGCUUUCGAAAAAGACAUCGUAAUGUACGCGCACUUCAAUAAACUCGACUACUUUUCCACUGAAUGCAAAUAUUCACCCGACUCAUUUCGUAGUUAUGUGAGGGCAUACGUUAAGGAGCUCGAGAGACUGCAACCACGAGCUAUUCUCGACUUAAUAAAGUCAGGCGAAGCUAUUUCCGCGCGCAGUGACACUCCUCUUCCUACAAUAACAACUUGUGAGAAAUGUGGUUGUAUGUCAUCUCAAAAGAUUUGUAAAACCUGCAAAUUGUUGCAAGGUCUAUCUGAUGGCAAUUAUGAUUUGGGCGUGAAAAAGGUAGAUUGUUUUCGCGUUUAG